CUGUUUUCGGAACUGCAGUGUGUUCUUGGUAUGUGAGAUGGGGUGAAAGGUCAGGUGCAAAAGCUUGCAGACGAUCAAUCAGCUUACAGCUCGUCAGCAGGAUCAACCAGCACUUAACAAAUAGGAUUAAAGUGUCCAUCUGCUCACCUGAGACGAAGCCACCAGGCGAGCUUCCUCCCUCCAUCUCGUCACCAAACGACGUCUGGACAAGUGUGAGGGACGUUACGCAUGAGCUGAGGACGUGCGCUGCGCCGUUGGGUUCGAGAUGGCGGGAAUGCAUCGCGGGUUGUGGCUAUGGACGUUAGGGCUGCUGCUCUUGUCAGGCUGCGUCGACAUGGACACAGGUGAUGAGACGGAGGGUUCUUCUGAAGACCUGCAGCUUAUGUUAAGGCAUCAUGGAUCCAUGACUCGCAGGAAAAGGAACCUUCUGUUUCCCAGCGGAGUGAAACUUUGCAGUCAGGAGACGUUAGACCAAGCUGUCUCCAACCACCUCAACUACUUUCACCUCAGAGUGUGCCAGGAGACAGUCUGGGAGGCCUUCAAGAUAUUCUGGGACCAGCUGCCAGAUCGUGGCCAGUACCACGACUGGGUGGGCCGCUGCAUGGAUGGCUCCAUUAGCAUCAAGGAGAUUGGCUCGUUCUUCAGUCAAUCGGAAGAACACCUCAGCCUCGUUAAGAGCAGGGUUGGCAUGGCGGCGCCCAUAAGCAGUUCUGAAAGUUUGCAAGGGAUUCCGGUUGGAGGACAUUUGACCAGUGCCCAGCCAGAAACCCCUGGUUACGAGGCCACUACUUGGACACCCUCACCUUCUACACUUGAGGAAGUCCUUGAAAGAGAAUUAACAAAGACUCCUGAAGAGUUGACCUACGACACUGUUGUUGUAAAUGCGGCAGAUGAGUCGCUAGACUGCGGCUCUAACGUCGGAAGUCACGCUGACAAGAGCACUAAGGUUUCUCCUAAUGCUAUUGUGACGCUAAUCUCUAAGCCGACUGCCCAGGUCCCACAAGAGGAUAGUCAUACAGGGGUCAUCACUUUGACCGAGGAGGCUUUUACAGAUACAGUUCAGUCAGUCACCCUGACUGAAGAAACAACAUUGGAAAAGGAGAAAAUAAGUUCUAUGAACGAUCCAUUUGAUGUUGACGAUAGUGCCACAAAUGAGGAAGAGCCAACGGUGGCGACAGAAGAAACUAUUAAAUUAGAUGAUGAGGCACGGGAAGAAGAACCCAUUGAAGAAACAGAUGAAAAUCUAGCUGAAGCACCAAUUCGAGCUGCAGAGUCAGAGAUUCCCGCAGAAACUUUGGAAGAAGAACCACUGUCACAUGAUAUGAAGCUCGGGGAGGUAACUGACCAAUCCAUAGGAAAUGAACCUGAACCUGAAGUACCUGAUACACACAGUAUCCACCUUGACACAACAUCGGCCAAGAAGACCCCUGAUCCUGGUGAGGAAACGGGUGAGUCCACAACUAAAAGUUCUGAACCUGAAACUCUUCCAAUCCAAACGGACAUGGGUGAGUCACAUCCUGAGUCUGUUGACGAUCCAAGACCAGUUAUCUUUGUGGAGAGUUCAGAGGAGUUACUGCCAGGUGCUGAAUCAGAGCUGCAAGAAAUUAUGAAAGAACUUCAGGAAGACCCUGAGGUGGACCUUCUAUCUGAAACGACCACGCAGAGUUCUACACUUGAAGUUGAUAUCACAGAAAUAUUUCCUGCGAUUGAGGAAGUGCUCCUGGGUAAAGAUCUUGGCCCAUCCUCUGAGGAUUUAGAAAGUAUCCAGACACAUCUUGCAGAGGUUCCUGCUGACAAUGUCCAGCUCAUCUCUACAGGAGAAGGAAUACAUACAGAGGCACCUCUCCAUCAAGCUGUUGUUGAAGCCACUUUGGAGAGUGAUGCCAAGGUUGAGGUCACACCGAGCAAUUACAUGGUAGCCACCACAACAUAUAUUGUGGAAUACAACAACGGCAACUUCCCAGAUUCCACAGAAAGGCCUCUGAAGGCCGAUGACAACUUGCUAGGUCUCCCCUUUGAGGACCAGCAGAACUCGCUUCAUAAUGAAAUUGACAACACCUUCUCGAGGCCUCUGGAGGACCAGAUGGUGGAGCUGAGCAUUACACUGAGAGAAGAAUCCUAUAACGGUGCUUUGAGGGACCCAAGUAGUGUCCGCUACCAGCAACUAGUUCGACACUUUACCCGCAGGGUUAGAGAUGCCUUUGAGAAACUGCCAAGCUUCAAGAAUGUCUUUGUCAUCGAAUUCAGACCUCAAAAGGACCUGGAACGGGGUCUGGUGGUCCACGUCCACUAUGCCAUCACUUUGGGAGCAAAUAGUGAUGGCAUCUCUGAUGCUACGAUGGAUUUCAUCACGCUACAGAACAACCUGGUGGAGAAGAACUACCCUGCGGCUGCCGAGGAGCCAACUGUGGUUUACACUAUCACAGAUUUACGCAACUACAUUACGGAAGCUCUACGCAAAGACAACUUCCUGACCAACAGUAGUCUGGGAACAGAGAACGAUGAGAAUCUGUUUCCUCCAGGAAAACCGACGAGUCGACCAGCUGACAUCUAUGACAACAUGGAUAACGUCCUUGCUGCAGAGAGACCACCCGAUGAACCGACUCAAGUUAUGGAGAACAGUGACAUUUAUCUGAAAAAGGAUGAGUUCCUAUUUGACCCCACGUGGAAAAAUGUAAAGAGUAAAGCUGUGAGCGAAAAUGACGUUUUCACAGUUGAUGAGAGUGCAACAUCUUUACCGACCCCAGAGAGGAUAGCAGCUGAUGAAAAUAUUGAAAAGGAGGGUUUUCUUGUGAGCAAUGCUCCUGGUGCUGAAAACCAACCCGUCCAAGAGGAUCAUAAAGCUUCCAAUGCUUCACCUCCUCAAAAAGGUCUUGAGGUCACAAUGGAUUUUGAAUCUGGCUCUGGUUUCUCGGGAGACGGGCAGAUUGCAUUUCUUCAGUCUGUAGAAGUAAGCUUUUAUGGUGAAACCCAUCUGGAGUCCCUGCCACCACCGGAUCUGGAAGAGGAUGAUGGAAUCCAGGAAGCAAUUGAAGCUUCUGGUCAGUCACUAACCAAUCAGGACGGCGUCAUGGGUUUCAAGCCUACCCCUUCUACACUGUUAUACACUUCCACACUUCCUACAUCAGAGGCCUCUAUGCCAGACAUAGAAAACCCAUUGUUGGAUCACGUUUUAUUUCCACCUCAUAUCAGCACAAACCCACCGUUCUCUACCGCUGAUCCACCUGUAUUUUCACCAAUAGGCACCUUGACAGUUGAGUUGUCGGUACAAACAGUGGAAGCAUCUGGCCUCUAUGAAGAUUCUCAGAUGACGCGGGAUCAACACAAUUCGGUGGCAUUUAUGGGCGCACCUCAGCUGCAGACCUCGGCAGAUGAACACCCAGAAGUGGCAGUGACAAGCGAAUCCACGAAAGCUUUUCUCAAGACCACACAAGGGGCAUCGGUUGAAGAAGGUAUGACAGUUAUAGGCGAAGAAUCAGACCUUGAGGCCGUACCUUCUCAAUCGCCUCCUGAGGAAAACCUACCUGAAGAACCCAGUUUGCCACUUCCAGAAACCCAUCAUGAUAAGGUUGAAGUGUUAGAGGACCAACUGAGCCUCUUAACGCAGCAAACAACAGCUGUCAUUCCACUCGAUGAAGACCUGGUUGUAGAUGAAAUUUUAGCUCUCACAACGACUACAACCUCUGCUCCUGUUACCACUUCAACUCCUGUUAGUUCAGACCCUAACCCUAUUGCUCUUUCUCCUGAGAAGGAUUCACCUUUCACUCGUGUGUCAGAUUCAGCGCCUGAAGACGACGACUCUCUUAAUCCCGAGCACUCCAAUCAUGAAGAUCAUCUAUUCAGCACAGUGUCGCCAGAAGUCAACGUCAAAAAAACUGAUGAGGAUUUAGGAACAAAUUUGGAAGUCCUCAAAACGGUAACUUCAAUGCUUCCGGAAAACAGCGACAGUACAGAAGCGACCGAAAUCCAGACUAUCAAGGACUCUGGAGUGACAGACAUGGAUGUCACCCUUGACGUGUUCCAGUAUGGCAACAUGGUAACAGAUGGUGACAGCAGCGGCUACUCCAGCGGGGCACAGGGCUCAGAGCUAGAUGCUAUUGCAUUGCCGACCAGGCCGAUCCAAGCCCUGACGGUGUUUUUCAGACUCAGGGUGACCAACAUGGCAUUCUCUAUGGACCUUUUCAACAAGAGCUCCUCUGAAUACAAAGCCUUGGAGCAACGGUUCCUGCAACUGCUAGUUCCACACUUGCAGUCCAACCUAAACAAUUUCCAGAACUUAGAGAUCCUCAACUUCAGAAAUGGCAGUAUUGUGGUCAAUAGCCGCAUGAGAUUUGGCAAACCCGUUUCGAGAGGUGAUGCCAAUAAUGUUUUCCUCAUCCUUGAGGACUUUGCUAACACUGCCUACCAGACCAUGAACCUGGCUAUCGAUAAGUACUCACUGGAUGUUGAAUCAGGUGACAAAGCGGACCCCUGUAAGUUCCAGGCAUGUAAUGCAUUCUCACAGUGUAUGGUCAAUCGGUGGUCCGGCGAGGCUGAGUGCGUUUGUGACGCUGGAUAUGUGAGCGUGGACGGCCUGCCUUGUCAGAGCAUCUGUGACGUGCAAGAAGACUUCUGCCUCAAUGAUGGCAAAUGUGACAUCAUUGCUGGCAACGGCGCCAUCUGCAGGUGUCGUGUCGGAGAGAACUGGUGGUACCGUGGCGAACACUGUGAAGAAUACGUCUCUGAGCCACUGGUGGUCGGCAUUGCCAUUGCUUCAGUCGCGGGUUUCCUUGCGGUCGCGGCCGGAAUCAUCUUCUUCUUGGCCAGGACUCUGCGUGAGCAGUAUGACACGGACGACAUGGAGGAUCCACUGAGACGAGGUGACAGCGUGCCAUCUCUGGAACGUGCCACUAAAUUCAACCCCAUGUUUGAGAGCGACCCAGUCACGACCCAAUAUUACCGUCGCUAUGACGACGAGCGUCCCCAGUACAGCAGCCCCACGACCACGUCUAACGAGCUCAGUAGCGAGGAGGUCCGACAUAUCUACCAGAACAUGACGCUCACCAAAGAUGAGAUCCAGGAGCGUCUAAAGCUCAUCGAGCUGUGCGCCAGGGAUCAACAUUUUGCAGACUUUGUGCGGCAGACACAAGUAUACCUGGAACGACGAGGCAGCUCGACCACAUAACGGGUUGCAAGCUUAAAGGGGUGGCCCCAAUGUACCAGUCGCCAUGAACCUGAUUCAUUUACUGGCAAUCUUGAGUGUUCAAAUCGCUCCCUGAAGUAGACGAACAUUGGUUAGGUUAACUACCAUCUUUCUACAAAGUCAGCUGCCUUUGCUUGCGACUGUCAAAGUGCUGACUUGCGCGGACGUAAUUCCUGAUUGGACUGGGCGGUGAUGAGAGCUUCUUUUUUUUUUUGGCAAGGCAACUUUUGAAUAUUGGCCCUAUUCACGGCCGUGUCUGAUCUUUCGGUUGUUGGCCGGUUUCAUUUGUUUUUUCAACUUAUUAGAUGUUCUCCUUCCCUUUCUUGCUUCACUUCAAGGGCCUGAUUCACUAAGAUCACAUCUAGCGGGGACUAAAUUGUGUUAUUUUGUUCAUUCACUCUAACAGAUUGUUGGCAACGAGUAUAAAAGUGGUGACUAUAAUUAAAAGAGGGUUUUGCACUUUAUAUAACUGGAAGAUUUGCGAGCGCCGCAAUCCCACGAUCAAAUUUGAAGUGAUUGAGUUGGACGUGUUCGUAAAAGGCAAACAAACAUUGCUUAACAGAUUUUUUUUUUGCAUGAUUCAACUUACUCUAUGUGCAAGGCAAUUGGAUGCAUCUCCCCCAUCCUAUGGAAAAUGGUAGAGGCCACUGCCAUUACUCCAGAGUGCUGGACUGAGCCAGACACAAGGAGCUGCCUUCCAGAAUCUGCAAAAUGAACAACAGGGCAAUUUAACAUUCUUGCCAGUGCAAACCUUUAGUAAAUCAGGCCCUAAAUAUUUGUUGCUGCUGUGAUGUCAUGUCCUUGUUGCUUCCACUGUCAAUUGAUUUCUCUGAUGCUGCUCGCUCUCUGCAAGAGAUGUAGCGAAUUUGUCCUCUUUCCAGAAACCUUCUGUUUUCCCGGGUUUGUUCUUUAGGCCGACGUGCGCCUCCUCAGUGCCUUGGUUGCUCUGUUAGCUUGUGGACAUGAAGCAGCUCGGGGCCCUAGAAACAACUUAAGCGUUUCAACCUGGAUCAGUGAACUUGUUCCUCUUGUCUUGGUCUGGUCAGCCACCUGUACAGUGCAGCCAUGCACCCUGCAUGUUUACAGCAGUCGUAGAUGAAGAGUAGCCUGGCGAUACAUUUCCAUUUUUUUUUUAAACGAUAACCUGGUGUCGCUCUUACUAAUAACAUUUCAAACAUGUAUGUUUUAUAUAUUUCUAUAUUUUAAUGGUAAUUUAGCAAAAAAGACCCAUAAUUCUGACCCACUUUUCUCAAGAUGGAAAAAGGAACUUUUUUUGUGUGUCUAUCACAUUAGAAUCUUUUUAGCAUAUUGAAACUUAAUUAUGUUCCCACUUAGUCUGAAGUUCACCUUUGAAAUGAUCACAUUGAACUUGAAUAGUUGGUGAAUAAAUCUUUCAGGCACAAGGAUUUGUCAAGGCUUAAUAAAUGAAAGACUUUAUCACAAAAAAAAACUUUACGGUCAAAUUUGUGCUACCUAAAACUCCAAACAAAGCAUACUUCAAACUUUAUUACACAGCUAUAUCUAGUCUCCCUAUAUUGACUUUCCUUGUGGGUUUGUUUGUCUAUAGAUCAGGAGUGUCCAAACUCGGUCCUGAAGGGCCGCUUGUCUUGCCUCUUUUCCCUGCCGUCUGAUUGAAAUGAUCAGGAUUGUUAUGAGGCUCCUUCAGAGCUUGCUGAUAGCUGAUCAUUUUAAUCACGUGUCAGACGAGGGAGGCAGGACAGCAGCCCUUGAGGACCGGAGGUGGACAUGGAUGUCUACAUGUUGGACAAGAAACAAACAAGCUGCUUUGCCGAAGAUUGUCUUGUGUUUUGUAUCAUGUUUUCUAUCGGUCCAAUCGUAGACCGAAAUGACUGUCCGGUGUGUUUGUGCGAGCAGCACCCUUUUCUAAAAUAAAAUGAAAAUAUUUUUUA